CACGUGAAGAAAACAGGAAGCGUUGUGCUGGUUUGCGACUGAAUGUCGGCAGGGAAGAUGGCGGCCUCCAAGGAGCUGCUGCAGCUGGAUCUGUAUGGACUCCUGGAUGUGGCCCCCGGGGCCAGCGAGAAACAGAUUAAGAAAGCGUACAGACAGAAAGCAUUAACCUGCCAUCCGGACAAAAACCCUGACAAUCCUCGUGCCGCUGAACUCUUCCACCAGCUGUCUCAGGCCUUGGAGGUACUGACUGAUGGAGCUGCCAAGGCAGCUUACGACAAUCUAAGGAAGGCGAAAGAGGCAACUGCAAAACGCACACAGCAGCUUGAUGACAAGAGAAAGAAGGUUAAACUUGACCUUGAGGCUCGGGAGAGACAGGCGCAAGCCCAAGUAACCGAAGAAGAUGAACUGCGCGAUGCACAGACGUUGGAACAGGAGAUUAUGCGCCUUCGUGAAGAGGGCUCCCGGCAGUUGGAGGAGCAGAAAAGGCUGAUACAGGAACAGAUCCGAGCAGAAAUGGAUAACAGAUUCCGAGGUACAACAUUAGGCAGCGAAGCAGACACAGGAGUAUCAGCUAAACUUAAGCUAAAAUGGAAAUGUCGAAAAGAUGACGAGACGAGAGGUGGAUAUUCUGAAGACGUUCUAAUGAGGCUUCUGCAAAAGUACGGACAAGUACAGAACCUGCUUAUGUCCAGCAAGAAGGGGACGGCGGUUGUUGAAUUCUCUUCGUUUAGAGCCGCAGAACUCGCUGUGAAGAAUGAGACUGGACUUUUAAACAACCCCCUGACCGUGACUUGGGUUAGCAAGCCUCCGACGUCCCACAACACAAACCCCUCCACCCCCCAGGAUUCUGUCCGCUCGGAGCGUGACUACGAAAGCUUAGUGAUGAUGAAGAUGCGACAAGCUGCAGAACGGCAGCGAUUGAUAGAUCAAUUACAGCAUGACGAAUCCGAAUAACUGAACUGCUCUCUACUUUAUAGUUUUACAAUUAUUACCUCAACAAAGGUAUUUGUAUUUUGAAAGUGUUUUUUUUUAUAAAUGUAAAUGUAUCAACUGUUUAUUAAAUAAUAAAAAAAGUUGUAUUAUAAGUUUAUAAAAUGUAGCGUUACACGUUGAUAUGACAUUGUGUAAUAUAUUGCUAUUUUAUGAUA